AUGCAUUUCUCACUCCCAUUAACAGCCUCAGCGGCCAUCUUCGUCUCUUCCACUCUCGCCCUCCAGCUUCCCUAUCUAUCGUUGCUCUCCAGGCGCGCAGAUAUAACUCCCGGGUCACCGUUAUACAACUGCCAUGAAGCAUGCGGUGAAGUCAUCCUCGUCUCUCAAACCACAGACUAUUGCUCAAACUCAACCUACACGACUGAUCUCAGCUCAUGCUUGGAUUGCGCUCUCACAUACAAUAUCUGGCAAUACUAUGGAGAUGAUGUGAAGGCUGCGGCAAAGGCGUGUAGUGAUGACGCUACUCCCAGUGCUUCGUCCUCUACUGCUGCUUCUACUGCCGCUGCUACUGCUGCUACUGCUACUGCUACUGGUUCCGUCACUAGCAGUAGCUCUUCUAUUGUAGCUGAGACUACUUCUAGCACAGUCACUUCAACGAACACUGCAACGGGAACAGCAGCUUCGGCUGCCACGAGUGCAGGUGCUGCUUCCAUGACGGAGCAUAAUGCCAUUUUUGGCAUUGCGAUGGGAGUUUCUGUUUGGGCGCUUUCGCUGUGA